AUGAAAAUUGUGGCGGAUCAUCACUGGAAUGUGUUUCUGUGCUCAUCUCUUGGGAAGCGGUUGUUGUUUUCAGAUGCUUCCCUCAAAAAAGUGGGAUCUGGUGCUGCAACGGAAUAUGGAGGUUGCAGUAGUGAUGUAUUCUCAGACAGUUACCAGCCGCAUGUUUUGGCAGCGGGCGGCGGCAGUGCAGCUUGGAUGGAUGCCACUGCAUCUGGGAGUUGUAGUACUGCUGAGAUGGAGUCGACAAAAUGGAAAUUGAAUAGUACUGCUAGGAAAGACCGGGGCAACGACGAGUCGUUCAUGUGUCCGCUUUGCGACUUCACCACCAUUUAUAAGGGGAAUAUGAAAAGGCAUUUGAAUACUUGUCAUGGUUUGCAAGAUGAUGAUCUCAAGGAUGGCUGUAUUGACAGGCUCAAAUGCAAGGAAAUUAUGGAAACACGGACAGAAGGUAUGUCUCGGGGAAGACGACCGAAAAAUAUGCAGAACCCAAAAUUUUGGUUUUAUUUAAAAAUUUCUACGAACGAUUGCUCGGAUACGUAUAUGUAUAUAUAUGUGUAUAUAUAUGCGUAUAUAUAUAUGUAUAUAUACAUAUAUAUAUAUAUAUAUAUAUAUAUAUGUAUACCUUAUACUGCAAAAGUUCAUGUAAAACACAACAUGUGGAUGCAGAAGACGGCUCAACAUUUUCGUUACAGAAAGGUAUAG